AUGAAAUUCGAUGAACUCCGAGUCGAUGAAUCUUUGAUAAGGAUAUGCGAAGGAAAUGGUAUUACAAAGCCUACAGAAAUUCAGGAGCAGGUGAUUCCUGUGAUUCUUGGAGGGAAUGACAUCAUAGCAGUCUCUCAGACAGGAUCAGGAAAGACCCUUGCAUUUGUUCUUCCAAUAGUUUCAUGCCUACUGUUGAAAGAUAGGUCUUUUUAUUGUCUAAUCAUUGCACCUACAAGAGAGCUCUCUUCACAAAUAGCAGAAUGCUUUAACAUGUUUGAAGAGACAGGACUAAGAGUAUGCUUGCUAGUGGGGGGAACUAGCUUCAAUGUCCAAGCCAACCAGCUUUCUAAACAUCCCCACGUGGUUGUCGGGACACCUGGAAGAAUUGCUGAGCAUGUUCUAAAAACAAAGUCAUUCAGAAUAGAAAGAGUAAGAAAGCUUGUUCUUGAUGAAGCGGACAGAUUCUUUGAACAGGACUUUGUAGAUGAUCUGGAGACAAUUAUUAGAAGCCUAAAGGAGAAGAGGCAGACUCUCCUUUUUACGGCAACGAUGUCGGACGAGAUAUCUAAGCUGUCGAAUUCGAUACUGAGAAAUCCCAAGAUUAUUCGUGUGGUAGAAAAGUAUGAGACUGUUCCUACUUUGAAGGAAUAUUAUAUCUUUAUAGCUAUGAAGUGGAAAAACGCUUCAUUGGUUGAAUUACUUGAAAUGAACCCGGGAAUAUCUGUCAUUGUGUUUGUGUCCAUGUGCAUAACUGCUCGUGUAAUGUCUCUCGCACUGAGCAAACUUGGGUUCCACUCAGAAGCAUUGCAUGGGGAGCUUAUUCAGGAAAAAAGGGAGGAGACCAUGAGAAUGUUCAAGGAGAGCAAAUUCAACGUUCUUGUUUGUACCGACGUUGGAAGUAGGGGGUUGGACAUAAGCCACGUAGACCUAGUAAUAAACUUUGAUGUUCCGAAGAAUGGGAAGGAUUACAUCCAUCGUGUUGGAAGGACUGCAAGAGCAGGAAGAUCUGGAACAGCCAUUACACUUGUGACUCAAUACGAUGUUGAGCAAUUCCAAAGGAUGGAGUUUGCAUUAAAGAAAAGCCUGGAGGAAUUCAGGCCUAUGAAAAAGGACUUUGGACUGACCUGUAAGAAGAUUGGAGAAGCCAUUGAAUCAGCUCAGGAGAUUCUUAAAGAAGAAAGAAAUAGAAGAUAG